AUGCGCGUUCCCGCAGGCAUGGCGCUGGGCCUAACACUUGCUCAAGCUAAAGAAUUCCAAGUUCAAGAACUGAGUCAGUUUGUAUUACCAUUUACCGGCUCCGUAAAUGGGGGUAACACUUUUCCCGGCGUUAGCUUACCAUUCGGGAUGGUAAAGCUGGGCCCCGAUCUAUACACCGGAUCCGACAGCUAUUCGGGAUAUCAGUCCAAUGGAAAUUUCACCGGCUUUAGUUUGUUGCACGAGAGUGGCACAGGCGGUGCACCUAAAUACGGAGUUAUCAGCCAGUUACCCGUUGUGGGCUCAAUUGACAAUCCAUUGACCGACCAGGGCAUUAGCCGAAGCAAGGCAGAUGAUGCGAGACUCGGCUAUUACAAGUCAAGCCUGUCAAAUGGCAUUACCGUGGAACUAGGAGCAACUGGUAAAGCCGGUCUGUUCCAAUACCAAUUCCCGGGUAAUGCAGACGGUACAAAUGUUAUUGUCGAUGUUUCUCAUGUUCUUCCAUCUUUCAGAGGUCAAGGUUUAGGUCAAAACUAUUUGGGAGGCAAUAUUUCGGUGUCCAGAACGGAUGAUGGCGUUCGUUACCAAGGAUCUGGUUCUUAUGAUAAUGGUUGGAACCGUGCCCCGAAGUGGACUGUUCAUUUCUGUGGCUAUUUCGAUCAGUCAGCAACAUUUAAGACGUUCUUGGGUAAAGACUCAACAGGUGACGACCUAGUAGACUACAGCGAUGCUUCCGAGCAAGACUCUGAUGCCCGAUUGGGCGCUGUCUUCACCUUCGAUAGCACAAAUGUCACCUCAAGGGUAGGAGUAUCGUUCAUUUCACCUGAACAGGCUUGUGAAAAUGUCAACAGAGAAAUUCCUGUCGGGACAUCUCGAGAAGCUUUGGAACACAACGUUAAGGCAUCUUGGAACAGCCAAAUUUUAUCAAAGGUCACCACAACAGAUGUCUCUAACACAACCAGACUUCAGCUUCUUUACUCGUCUCUGUAUCACAUGUCCAUUAUUCCCAGCAACAAGACUGGAGAGAAUCCGCUCUGGUCGUCGAGCGAGCCUUACUAUGAUGAUAUUUUUACGUUCUGGGACACAUUCCGGUGCACAACCUCUCUUCUGCAUAUCCUGCAGCCCGUGGUAUACGAGGAAUUCAUCCGUUCUCUAGUUGAUAUAUGGAGACAUGACGGCUUCUUACCUGACGCGCGAUCCUCAUUCUUCAACGGUGCAACUCAAGGAGGCUCCAAUGCAGACAAUAUCCUUGCAGACGCUUACGUAAAGGGAGUUCGUGGUGCUAUCAAUUGGGACGACGCAUUCUCCGCUAUGGUCACAGAUGCCGAGACGGUGCCGCCGAACAACAACGAUUCUAGAGACAAGACUGCCUCUACUAAGGAAGGACGAGGUGCCCUACCCGAUUGGAUAGAUCGCGGAUACAUUACUACAAAAUACAAGCGCUCUGUCAGCCGAGCCAUCGAAUAUGCCGGAAAUGACUUCGGCCUCUACCAAGUAGCCAAGGGUUUAGGAAAGGACGAAGAGGCGCAGAAAUACCUUAACCGCUCUCGCAACUGGCGCAACCAAUGGAACCCGGACCUAGAAGCAUUAGGAUUCAAGGGCUUCCUAGGUCCGAUUGACGAAGACGGUAACUUUAAGGACCAGGACCCGCUCAGCUGCGGCGGAUGUUAUUGGGGCGACGACUACUACGAGGCGCUGCCAAUCGAGUAUUCGUUCAACGCGCACCACGAUAUCAACAAGUUGGUCGAGCUGUCGGGUGGCAAGGACACGUUUACCGCGCGUCUAGAGAAGUUCUUCGAGGGUGGCGUUAGCUCCGGUAACUCGCAGUUCAACCACACGCUUUUCAACCCGGGUAACGAGCCCAGCUUCACGUCGCCGUACCUCUUCAAUUACGUCGGCCGCCAGGACCUCAGCGUCAAGCACAGCCGGUACGUCGCCGAUAGCUACUACGCACCAACGCCCGGCGGACUUCCGGGGAACUCGGAUGCGGGCGCUAUGGAGUCGUGGCUGUUGUGGUCCAUCAUUGGUCUAUACCCCAUGACGGGCCAGACUACCUUCCUCAUCGGAUCCCCGUGGUUCAAGGACCUAACUAUCGACCUCGGCGGUGGGAAUAAGUUGCAGAUUAAUACGGAAGGAGGCGACGCUCAGUCUUACUACGUUCAGUCGCUUAAGGUCAACGGCGAGAAUUGGGAUAAGGCGUGGGUUGCGUGGGAGGAUGUUUUUGCCAAGGGCGGCACGCUAGACUUUGUUCUAGGGCCGGAGCCGGCUGAUUGGGCGACUGGAGAUGCGCCGCCGAGUCCGGCUACGGAGUCGUAG